GGCAAGUACCCGUACCCGUAAACGUACCCGCUCACCUACAGCAACAGCAACAUCCAUCGAUGCUACUUACUCAUGCGGGUAAACCAUCCCAGGGAAACUACCCGUCGGUCGGUUGCUUGGGUCGCUCUCGUGUUUGGUGUUUAUUUGGUGUUGCGCCGGUUUUGAUGAUGGUUUUGAAAUGUGUAUCGUUCCAAUUGUGUAGUAUGUAUGUUUAUAUACCACCACUGCGUAGUAGUAUGUUUAUGAUUAUCGAUCUAUCGUGCCAUUUUUAUUGGUCAAGUGGUCAUUCGACUCAAUUUGAUACAAAUCGUUAUACUCUACCAGAUAGUUCGACGAGUGAAGAAUCGCUGCAUUCAGUAUCGUCGGCAUGUUGCAGUAGUACUGUUGCUGCUGCUGGUGGUGGAACGGGGGGUAUUUCGAGUAGACACAUCGUCGUGAAUCGGGCCGAGGGCGGUGGUUAUCUCUCUGAAGGCGAUUCGAUGCUAAUGAGCGCUGGUGGGGCUCAUAAUAGUAGUGCUACAUCUGCAACUGCGAAUGCUAAUGAUAUUUCAGUACCGGGUUCGUUAUGG